AUGGCAUUCACAGCACCGACUAGAGCCCCCUUAGCAAACACGCACUGUGGGGUUUGCUCCAGCACGCAAAACCUCCUCCGCUGUACUGGCUGCAAAGUAAUGCACUACUGUAGUCGUGAGCACCAAGUUGCCCACCGCCACGAUCACAAAGCUGGUUGCAAAGGAGUAGCAAAGGCCACCCGGCGAGCCGACCACGAGGAAGAGAAACUGCGCAACUUACCGCCUAAUAUGUUCGUCCCGCCAGAUGUCUUCGAGAACCAGGUCGGCUCCUUCUGGGGCAUACUCGAAACCCGUGACUAUAUGCGUGCACGGUUUGCGAUUGUGAAAGAGCUGGAGGAGACUCAGACGAGGAGCUCGGUACAGUCGCAACUGGAUGUUAUUAUGGAUUUAUUGAGGCUUAAUCGGAGUGAUAAUAUGGGAGCAAGGGACAUGGUACCGGCACUGAUGUUGAGGUUGGGCAAGGAUCAAGAGUGUUAUGAUUUUCUCAAGUGGUGGUGCACGACUGCAGAUGAAGCCGACUACGACUGGGGAGAUAUGAGUGAACCCUAUAUGGAUAUACGAAAUGCAGAUGUCUUCGAGGGCGUUGAACAUCAAUGCCAAAGGUAUGCCAGCCUCUCUCAUACUGUUGCGGCCACGCUGCUCAAGAUCAAGAUAUUGCUGAACUUUCAGUCAUUAAGGGCUUCUUAUGCACUGGGCGAAACAGUGGCACCUGAGAUCGUUCACUCUAUCCAAGCUCAUGUCCCCCGCAGCCCCACCGUGGCAGCGAAUAUGAAGAUCAUAGGACAUAGGGACCGUAUAGAAGAGCUUGAUCAGAGGCUGAAGGUACAGGUAAAGAAGGUGUACAAGGCGGCUGACAAUUUGAAUGAAUACUUUUGGCCUCAUCUUCUCAAUCCCGGUCACCACUUGACGGCUUUGCCUGAGGCUUAUUCGCCGGGCAGCAUGGAGGAGAUGGAACUGGCCUUGAAAUACUCUUAUAAUUCAUGGGUCGAGAUUCCAGGCGCUAUUGAUAUGAUCAAGACCAUUCGGGCGGCGAUCCCGAAAUCCUGA